UUUUUUUCUUUUAUUGACAUUUGACAAAUAAAAUUAAAUCAAUAAUGGCAACCAAUGUAAAGACCGAAGGUAGAAAGCCUUCAAGCAGGCUUCUAGGAAUGAAGUUCAUGCAACGAUCUAUGGAGAAAGAAGCUCAAGAGCAAUUAGAAAAAGAGCGUAAACGUGUUGUAUCAGAAGCAGAAUGGGUUCUGGAUACAAAGCAAACAGAAGCACAAAAACCUAAAAUACAAAUCCAAUAUCAACCAAGCUAUUUACCUUUUACAAUGGAUACAAUAUCAGGUAGACAAUCAUUUAAGAGUUUUAAUAAGCAAAUAGAGGCUAUUACAGCAGAAGAAGAAAAGAAGCAACGUUUGGAACGUGAAGAAACAGUAGAAAAACAAAAUCAAACAACGGAUAAGGAAUUCAGUCAGCAAAUGCUUACGAUUAGAGAAGUGUCAAAGAAAAAGUCAAAAAAGAGAAAAGGGGAAAAUGAAUUGAAUGUAACCAAAAAGGCUAAAACUGCAGCGGCGGCGACAUUUAUCAAGCCAGAAUAAUACAAUUAAUAGAGUAAAAUCUAUAUGGAUAUAGAUCUUCUUUAAUGGUUUAUAUGUAUAUAGUCUCCAAGUCAUGUAAUAAUCAAUAAAGGAAAAAGUCAUUUUUUUUUAUUUGUUUAUUUAAAGAAUCUUCUGUAAGUAUUGGAAAGAAGAAGAAGCUAUACUAUUUAUAAG